GCUGCGGGCCGGCGUCUUGAUUCCAGGUGGUUCUCUUAGGUAGAGGUGUGCUGUGCUGUUUGCCAGGAUGUUUCAUGGUAUUGGCUCUGCGGAUGGGGAAGAGGAGCAGGCGGAGGAGGAUUGUCCUGAAUUGGUCCCCAUUAAGACGAAGCAAAGAGAGGAGAAGGAGGAAACGUCUGGUCCCGGCGCUAAGAUCCCAGUCACAAUUAUCACCGGGUAUUUAGGUGCUGGGAAGACAACACUUCUGAACUAUAUUUUGACAGAGCAACAUAGUAAAAGAAUAGCAGUGAUUUUAAAUGAAUUCGGGGAAGGAAGUGCGUUGGAGAAAUCCUUAGCUGUCAGCCAAGGUGGAGAACUCUAUGAAGAAUGGCUGGAACUUAGAAACGGUUGCCUCUGCUGUUCCGUAAAGGACAGUGGCCUUAAAGCUAUUGAGAAUUUGAUGCAGAAGAAAGGGAAAUUUGAUUACAUACUGUUAGAGACCACUGGAUUAGCAGAUCCUGGUGCUGUAGCUUCUAUGUUUUGGGUUGAUGCUGAAUUAGGGGUUGAUAUUUAUCUUGAUGGUAUCAUAACUGUUGUGGAUUCAAAAUAUGGAUUAAAUCAUUUAGCAGAAGAAAAACCUGAUGGCCUUAUCAAUGAAGCUUCUAGGCAAGUUGCUUUGGCGGAUAUCAUCAUCCUCAAUAAAACAGACUUGGUUUCAGAAGAGGAUUUAAACAAAUUAAGAACAACUGUUAGAUCAACAAAUGGACUGGGAAAAAUUUUAGAAACACAAAAAUCAAGAGUUGAUCUCUCAAGUAUAUUAGAUCUUCAUGCCUUUGACAGUCUCUCUGGAAUAAGUUUGCAGAGAAAACUUCAGAGUGUGCCAACAACACAACCUCACCUUGAUCAGAGUAUUAUUACAGUCACAUUCGAAGUACCAGGAAAUGCAAAGGAAGAAAGUCUAAAUGUCUAUAUUCAGAAUCUUCUGUGGGAAAAGAAUGUGAGAAACAGGGAUGACGACUGCAUGGAGGUCAUACGACUAAAGGGGCUGGUGUCGAUCAAAGACAAACCACAACAAGUGAUUGUCCAGGGCGUCCAUGAGCUGUAUGAUCUGGAGGAGACACCAGUGAGCUGGGAACAUGACAGUGAGAGAACAAAUCGACUGGUCUUUAUUGGCAGGAAUUUAGAUAAGGAUAUUCUUAAACAACUAUUUAUAGCUACUGUGACUGAAACAGAAAAUCAAUGAACAACACAUUUCAAAGAAGAUCAAGUUUGUCCAUAACACUAGAAGCAUCACCAAAAGGAUUGGAUGAUAAAAUUGGGAAUAAGUUUCCUAUUGGAUGUAUUUCAAGCAUCUAUUCUUUGCAUUACUUCUCUUACGAAUUCCAGUGUAAACUUUAAAAUAGUAUUUAUUUUAUAGAAUACAUACAACAUAGUAAAUCAGUAUUAUAAAACAUUUGAUAUUCAUACAAUAAAAUACACUGUCCUCUGACUUUUUUUUGUGGACAGAUGAUUUAUAAACAUAUCUUGCAGAAUUGGCUUUGGAGUUUACAUAUGCUGAAUUUCUCACUCAUGGAAGUUAUAAUAAUAAUAAUGGGAAAACUUACUUCAACAUUGUCAUUUUCCCUUAGAACUUCAGCUGAUUGCGUGGAUGUAAUUUUAUUGUUAAUAACAAAAAUUUUUAAAAACAAUGUCACCAUUUUUAUUAAAGGAAAUAAAGGGUUUACAGUGGUAGAGACUUAUAAGUGGAAGAAACCUAAAUCAAAGAAAUUAACUGAAACUUUCUCUUAUUCUUAGUCAGAUUCUAAGCCUUACUGGUAGUCAGUGUAAUGGAACUUCAGCCAUUCACUUUGUAAUAUAUUUCAAAGAUUUCAAUUGUAGAGUUUUUAAUUUUAGAGUAGAUUUUAGUUUUAAAGUAGAUUUUACUACUGGUAUUAAAUUCAUCUUUUUUUUUUAAACUUCUUUAUUUUUCAAUAGAAACUAAAAAGUGACAAGGUAUAAAACUUCAGAUGUAAAUGCGUUUAACUUUUGAUAAUUUAACAAUCUUUAUAUAAAUGGUAGGCGUGUAAGUAUACAAUGGAUUACUUUUCUCUUCUUCCUGCUAAAGGCCAGGUCAGCUUAACUAUAUUCAGAUUGUAAGAGAAAGGCAUUAAAUGGAAUUUAAAGAAGAGUUAAUGGUUGUUAAAUAUCAGAAGGCUGUCAGAAUGGCUUUUGGAAUAUUUUUUCAGAACUUUAAGUCAAAAUUACAUCUAUGUAUCUUGAAUGGUUCCAGUAGUUGGAGGCAGGCUAAUUGAUUAGAUUAUCUAUCUCCCGUCCCCUGUGUUCUGUACCUUUUUAAUAUAACUUCUUUAUGUUCAUCCAUUUGCCUCCUGAAUCUAUUCUCUUAACUUGUGGUUAAGAGAAUACGAUUAUUUUGUGGCAGCCAAUUGCCUGAUAGAAAGUCAGCUGAUUUUUGAGUCAGAUCUUUAAUUCUAGGGCUUUAAUUCCAGCUCUGCUGCUUCUUGGCUGUAUAAUCUUGGGCAAAGUAUUUCUCUGAGAUUAGUUUUCUUACUUUAAAGUGGACAGUGAUAAUAUCAAACAUUCAAGCUUGUUGUGAGGGUUAAAUAGGUUUGUAAUACACCCAGCUCAGCUCUUGGCCCGCAACAGAGCAUAGAUAAAUGUUUUCUCCUUCCUAACAAUUUCAAUUUGUUUUAUAAUUAACGUAGUCAUGAUAAUACUUCAUAAUGUUCAUUGGCAAAUAAUAAGUAUUUAGAUUCAUCUGUUCUAGGCCAUGAGAAAGGGCUUAUAAUUAAUGGUACUGUUGUGGGAGACAUGUUUGAAGUAAUAUUAAUCUAAACUCUUAAAAAUCUGUUUUAAACUGA